UGAGCGGGCGCCUAUGUCAUGGCGGCUUCGUCCCGCAAGUACUCGGUGCUGCUGCCCACCUACAACGAGCGCGAGAAUCUGCCCCUGGUCGUGUGGCUGCUGGUGAAGAGCUUCGAGGAGAGUGGGAAUGAGUUCGAAAUUGUAAUUAUAGAUGAUGGAAGCCCAGAUGGGACGCAGGAAGUUGCUGAUCAAUUAAUAAAGAUUUAUGGAUCAGACAAAAUUCUGUUGAGACCCAGAGCAAAGAAACUUGGAUUGGAAAACAGAAAGAAGGAAAUUUUGAUAUUGUGUCUGGGACUCGAUAUAAAGGAAAUGGAGGUGUGCAUGGGUGGGAUCUAAAACGAAAAUUGAUCAGCCGAGGUGCCAACUUUUUAACUCAAGUUCUAUUACGGCCAGGUGCAUCAGACUUAACAGGAAGCUUCAGGUUAUAUAGAAAAGAGGUUCUACAAAAACUGAUGGAGAAAUGUGUUUCAAAAGGAUAUGUUUUCCAAAUGGAAAUGAUUGUCCGCGCCAGACAAUUGGGUUAUUCUAUUGGAGAGGUUCCUAUAUCAUUUGUGGAUCGAGUCUAUGGAGAAUCCAAGCUAGGAGGCAAUGAAAUAGUUUCCUUUCUGAAAGGAUUGUUGACUUUAUUUGCCACUACAUAAUAAAGAGAUUCAGAUACUAUGCCAGUAUGUCUAUUGUUGACUGAAUAAUUUAUAUUGGACAGUGACAGACAUCCAUUAUGGCUUUGGAGAACCAAAUUUCAACGUCUCUUCAUUUAUUUGGAUAGAUGUUUUUCAGACAUCAUGCCGAAAAUGCUCAACUUAAAGCAAUUUGUUAAGCAACCACUUGAGGUUAUGACAGGGCUGAGAAAAGUUACUUAGCUCAUCACUUAUGACUGAGGGCAGUAAUCAAAAUUUGGAUGCUUGGCAACUGGCAUGCACUGGGAUCACAUGAUCAACUUUUGUGAUCUUCCCAACUGGCUUCUGACAAGCAACGUUAAUGGAGAAGCCAGAUUUGUUUAACAACCACACGAUUCAUUUAAAGACCAUUGGGAAAAGGUUGUAAAAUUGAGCAUACUUCUCUCAACAACUGCCUCUCUUAAUGACAGGAGUUCCAUCCCCAGCUUUGGUCGUAAGUCGAGAGCUACCUGUACUUCAUAUCUGAUAAUGUAAAAGCCAAAUUUUUAACUUUCUUCACCAUUUUAGUUAAAAAAAAGUUUGCAUUUUAAAUGAACUACAGGUAAUUAUCUGGAAAUAAUAUAUUUCUGAAAGGAUAUAUUUAUAUAUUGCAGGUCAUGAAGUAAUUAACAGGACUAGUAUAAUGAUACCUUUCUGACUGUAGAUUUGCAUAUAUUACAUUUGUAUAUUUUAGAAAAUGACUGAUAUUAACACAUUCCAACUGCAGACUGUUCGGGGGGGGGGAAAUAAAAAUUUACAUUCCAAUCUCUAGUUAUAAUUACUGUGGAAUAUAGUUUUUUUGCUUCAGGCAUUAUUUGCAAUUCAAAUGAAUAAUCAAAAUAUAAAUACUAUUACCAAUGUCAGUUUUGGGGAAAGGGUUUUCAGUCAUUCUACUCAUUCUGUAAAAAAUGACUCUGUGAGGGAAAAACAAGUAAAAGGAGUAUCUAAAUGAUCGAAUUACCACAUCUUUCAUAUGUGAAAAAACUAGAAUAGUGGGAUUUUUUAUUUUACAAAAUGAAAAGGACAAUCAAAAUCAAAUUAUGCAUAGUGCAAAGUAGGAAAUACCUCUCUAUUUGAUACAAGUUGGGAUCAUCAAUGAAAUCAGAUGACAAGUCAUGAUAAAAUUGCUUGUUAAAACACGUGGUAAAUCUUAUUCACGUAGUGUGAUCUUUAAAACUAUUUCAAAUGUAUAUGUACUUACAGAUAAUUAUAAAAUAUGUUACAUAAUUGGAGCCUUCAGAUGUUGAGGCCGUAUCUUUCUGAAUGCUCAUUAGCGGGGUCUACAACUGAUGCAUAUGUGUAUAUAUGGAGUAGCUUUCAUACUAUUUAAAAUGGUCCAGACAGUUACUAUGAUAAAUUGCCUUGUUCAGAAAGGUUGAACUUUAAAUGGUAAUUUUCUCAUAGAAGCAAAUUAUGUUCUUUAAACCUCUGCUUUUAGUUCAGGUUGAACUGACUCCCUUUUCCACUUAUUCCUAGUUGUCUUUAUGUUUUCAAAUUUCCUUGUACUGAUGUCCUUACAUGCCACUUGUUUUUCCUUUUUGUAAAUACAGGUAAUUUAUUUGAUGGCAUUAAUUCUGAAUAAAUUAAUUAUGAAAGACA